AUGGCUUCCCAAGACCUGAAUGCACAAGCGACUGGCCUUGCAGAUGGUCUAUUGCCAACCCAUACAUAUGUGCCUAACAGAGGAUAUGCGAACGCUGAAGGCACAGUCCCCGCUAUGGCGGGGCAAGACCCCGAAUCGCCUGAAUUGCAGGACGACCAGGAGGAUGAGUAUUACGAUGAUAUCUUUGAGGAGGAAUUAGAUGAAGAAGACUUCACGUCGUCGAACACUGCGGAUCUCACCAAGGCCUACAAUCGUCAGCGGAAAGUGAACGAGUUGGCCGCCGACCCGAAUGUGCCCAAGUGGACAUACCCAAAGACGAACACACAGAAGCCUACCGUCAACACCUACGCCUCCGUCGACGACCAGGUCAAGUCUCUCACUCGGCAUGCCACCAAAAUCAAACUCGAUAAUAUGCAGUCUGGAUUAGCUGUUCGCGGAGAGCGUGGCGGUGACAGGGCUGACAGAGCAACAUCCGAGCAAGUGCUUGAUCCCCGUACACGAAUGAUCCUUUUGCAGAUGAUCAACCGCAACAUCGUAUCAGAGAUCCACGGUUGCUUGUCAACAGGUAAAGAGGCCAAUGUUUACCACGCCAUUUGGUAUCCCGACGGAGAGGAGGAGACUCAACAACACCGAGCGAUCAAAGUUUACAAGACCAGCAUUCUCGUGUUCAAAGACAGAGACAAGUACGUUACUGGAGAGUUCAGAUUCAGACAGGGGUACAACAAGAGCAACAACAGGGCAAUGGUGAAGUUGUGGGCCGAGAAGGAAAUGCGGAAUCUGCGGAGAAUCUACGCGGCUGGCAUCCCUUGCCCGGAGCCUAUUAAUCUUCGCUUGCACGUCCUCGUAAUGGGCUUUGUCGGUAACUCUAAGGGUCUCCCGGCUCCUCGUCUCAAGGAUGUCGAAUUCGACAUCCCAGAGCCCGAGACCAGGUGGCGUGAGCUGUAUAUCGAGCUUCUGGCAUACAUGCGUGUGAUGUACCAAACAUGCCACUUGGUGCACGCCGAUCUGAGCGAGUACAACAUCCUCUACCACAAGAAGAAGCUCUACAUUAUCGAUGUCAGUCAGAGUGUGGAGCACGACCAUCCACGCAGUUUGGAAUUCCUGCGCAUGGAUAUCAAGAACGUGAGCGACUUCUUCCGCCGCCAGGGCGUGGAGUUGCUUUCCGAACGGGUUGUGUUUGAGUUCAUCAUCUCUGCUGGCGGCCCUGCCACCGUCGAAGCAAGCGAAGAGAUUCACAACGUGAUCGAAGCACUCUAUACCCAGAAGUCCGAUGAGGCCGAUACAGAGCAAGAUACCGCCGUUUUCCGUCAACAGUUUAUCCCCCAGACGCUAGAGCAAGUUUACGAUUUUGAGCGCGACGCGGAGAAAGUUCGCGCUGGAGAAGGGUCAGACCUUGUUUACCGUGACCUCCUUGCCGGUGGAAAGUCAGAAGCGGGAACUCGCGUCGACGAAAACGAUGACCAAGAAUCUGAUGCCAGCGGCGGUGUCUCAGUCGCAGACUCUGCGUCUGAGUCGGGGGAGGGCGACGAUGAUGAUCCGUUUGCGAAGAAGCAACCUCGUGGCAAACGCUUCGAGGAUAAGGACUCAAAGCGCGAUCACAAGCUGAAGGUGAAGGAGGAAAAGCGCCAGCAACGUGCAAACAAGAUGCCAAAGCACCUUAAGAAACGCCUCGUUUCCUCCUCUUCAAGAAAGAAGAAAUGA